GCCGAGAGCUAGAUAAGAAGGUCGAGCUUCAAGUUCGCGUCUUGAAGUCCACAGAAGCUCACCAUGGUCUUAUUGUUGUCUACAAAUAGUCCAGUCUUUCUCGCGUUGUUUGGCAAUGAUCGAGACUGACAAGAUCACUUCUGCCACGAGAAUCCACCUAUUGGUCUCUUGAAAUCCUACAAGCCUUGUGUCGAAGCAGCCCGGAAACCUCCCAGACAUGGGGGAAAUAACGAAAUUCGCCGAUGUUGAACGUACCACACCCUCCGAGAGCAUCGCGGAGGGUAAGGUGACUGGCGUUGCCGACGAGAGAGCCCGACAGCUUGCCCAACUGCCUGACCCUGAUGAAGGGAAAAGCGACGAAGAACGAGCUGAGAUUGACCGCAAGCUUGUCCGCAAGAUUGAUCUCUGGCUCAUCCCAUGGCUAUCCCUCCUUUACCUUCUUUCGUUCCUCGAUCGGACCAAUAUUGGCAAUGCCCGACUGGCUGGCCUCGAGCCGGACCUGAACAUGACCGGUGCCAACUACAAUAUGGCUCUGUCCAUUUUUUUCAUCAGCUAUGCUGCUUUCGAGCCCACGACCAACGCGUUGCUAAAGAGCGUCACUCCUCGCGUGUUCUUCACGGCGAUCGUCGUCAUCUGGGGCACCAUCAUGACCCUGAUGGGCCUGGUGACCAACUAUCACGGUCUCUUGGCAGCUCGCUUCUUCCUCGGCAUUGCUGAAGCAGGCCUUUUCCCUGGUGUGAGUUACUACUUGUCCUACUGGUACAAAUCAUCCGAGGUCGGGCUCCGAAUUGCCGUCUUCUUCUCCGCCGCCGCGCUGGCAGGUUCAUUCGGAGGCCUGCUGGCUGCUGCGAUUGCCAAGAUGGAUGGUAUCGGAGGCAAAGCCGGCUGGGCGUGGAUCUUUAUCCUCGAGGGAGCCGUGACCGUGUUCUUCGGCCUCCUCUGCUGGCGUAUGGUAUUUAACUGGCCCGCGACGGCUCGCUUCCUUUCGGAGGAAGACCGUAUCCGCGUGCAACGACGUAUCAUCAGCGACCGACAGGGUGCGACGGCCGACCACUUCGACAGGCGCCAUAUCUGGGCCGCGCUGCGCGAUUGGCAGUCGUACGGCUACAUGUGCCUGAAUGCGGGCUCCCUGACUCCGAUCUACGCCUUCUCCCUCUUCCUCCCUACUAUCCUUCGUGGCAUGGGACACCAGGGAACCACGGCCCAGUUGUUGUCCGUGCCUCCCUAUGCCCUGGCUUCCAUGACCACCGUUGCCGUGGGUUACAUUGCGGACAGGACGCGACAGAGAGGCCUCAUGAGCAUGAUCUGCGCCGUGGUCGGCAUGACGGGUUUCGCCAUGAUGCUUGGCUCUAACACUCCCUCGGUUAAAUACGUCGGUACAUUCCUCGGCGCCGCCGGCGUGUAUCCCACAUGUCCCAAUACGCUCUCCUGGACCGUCAAUAACACCGAAGGCCCUAUUAAGCGCGGAAUCGUUGUCGGCCUCGUCGUCGGAUGGGCCAAUCUCAACGGCAUCGUCGCGUCGAAUAUCUACCUUGUCAGGGAAGCACCGCGUUUCUGGACAGGUCAUGGCGUGGUGCUGGGUUACCAGUUCUUCUUCCUGUUCUGUGCCUCGGCCGUGAUGCACAUUUGUCUCAAGACCACUAACAAGCGUCGCCGCGAAGGCAAGAUGGACGCCCAGUGGGAGGCCAUGUCGCAAGACGAGAGGUACAUCGCUGGCGAUAAGAGGCCAGACUUCGUCUACGUCACUUGAGCGGAACCAUGCGCAGGGAAUCGUGUUCAAACUGGAUGGGGAUCGGAACUGGUUUACGAGAUUCGGGGGAGGAAAACACUCCUAAAAGGUUAUAUGCUAGUAAGGUACGGUAAGGUAGCUUUUUCAGUUUAUACGAAGUACUGGUACAGUGGAGGGAGACCAGGAAAUCUUGAACAGUCGCCAGCUUUCGAGAGAAGUCAUCGUCAGCUCUCCUGGCAGGACAGCCGGGCUACCUAUAGCACACAUGAAUUUAUUCUUAAUACGGCC